AUGCUGAAACAGUCGAGUAUAUUCUGUGCUCGAAGCCCUGGGAUUGGGGAAUUGGCUUGCCACCUCUAUGAGUGCAUCAGGUCCAGGGAUCUGCUCCAGGGGCGGCGUCUCCAUGCCCAGAUCUUGCGAGAGAACCUCGGUGGCAGCAAAUACCUCGCCAAGAUCAUCCUCCAGCUUUAUGCCAAAUGCGGGGAUCUGGAAGCGGCGUCGGCGGUCUUUGCUUCUAUGGCUGACAGGGACUUCGUUUCAUGCAGUAUUUUGCUCCUCGGGUUUGCACAGAUUGGAUCCACUGCAGAGGCAAAGGCCGUUUUCGAUUCGAUGCCCACGCUCAAUGUCGUGGUCUGCAACACCAUGGUUGGAGCGUAUACGCAAGCAGGGCAUAUCGAAGAAGCGCAUAUCAUCUUCCAGAGGAUGCCUAUGGUAGAUGUUGUGACGUUCAACUCGAUUCUGGCAGGAGUCGUCAAGGGCGGAACGCUUGAUGAGGCAUUGACAUUCUUUUCUCGGAGCCCAGAACACGACGUAGUUUCUUGGAACUCUAUCUUACAUGCAUAUGCCCAAUCAGGGCAUCUGGAGGAAGCAACGGCAAUUUUCUGUUUGAUGCCGGAAUGGAGCUGCGUCUCCUGGAACGCGCUCUUGGCAGCAGUGUGCGACUUUGGUAGCAUAGAUCACGCAAGGGAAGUGUUCUCUCAGAUGCCGCAGCGCAACUCUGUUGCAUGGAACACCAUGAUUGCUGCAGUGGGGCAGAAAGGAGAGGAUUUGGGCCAAGCAAAGCAUCUUUUUGACACGAUGCCGGGUGAUCGAUCACUGGUGACUUGGGCAGGAUUGAUCGGGGCAUUCUGCUCGAACUCUGGCCCGGAUGAUGCAAAGACCGCGCUUCAGCUGGCACCUUGUUGGAGCUCCAGCGUAGUAAGUUUAAUAGCAGUAGCGUGCGUGCAGGAUGGACGCCUUCACGAAGCAAGAAGAUGGUUUGAGAUACUGCCGGAGAGAGACACAUUAGCUUGGGUAUCCAUGGCCGCAGGAUAUGCCCGUAAUGGGUACCUUGCUGAGCUUGAAUCUACAGUCAGCAAAAUGCCACAGUGGCAUCCGUCAACUUGGCACUCUCUCUUGCAAGGCUACGUUAACUGUGGCAAUUCAGAGGAGGCAGAAGUAGUGUUCUUGAAAAUGAAGAGAAGGAGUGUUGCCGCCUGGACGUCUAUGGUAUCAUCGUAUGCCCAAAAAGGGCAUAUAGAUCCUGGGAAGCUGCUUUUUGACAAAGCGCCAAUGCACGACAGGGUAAUGUGGAAUACGAUGUUGAAUGGUUUUCUCCAGUACAAUGACUUGGAAGCGUUCAAAGAGGUGUUUUACGGGCAGGCCUUGACCAGAGACAUCACGUCGUGGACUGCACUGUUGCAAGCGUAUUCCCAGGCCGGUCAAGUCCAGGAAUCCCAAACCGCGUUUGAAAGGAUGCCACAGCAAGAUGCCUUCUCAGCGGCCACAAUGCUGGCGGGAUAUGCUCAAAACAAGCACAUUGACGAGGCCAAGGCACUUUUUGACCGGCUACCUCACCGGAGUGACGUCUGCUGGACAGUCAUGAUAGCUGCGUUAGCAUUGACCAAGAAGAAAAUUAAUGAGGCCCUGUUGGUCUUCCAGAAGAUGCCCAUGAGAGAUUCUAUGCCGUGGAACGCCAUGGUGACUGCAUAUGCCCAAACCGGGCAUUUUCUGCGUGCAAAGGAAACUUUUGACGGCAUUCCUCAUAAGUGUCUGGUCUCUUGGGCGGCGAUGCUGGGUGGAUAUGCCCAAAGCGGUCGUGCUGAAGAGGGCAUCACCUUGUGGCGUCGACUGGGGCAAGAAGGAAUUGCGCCCAACGAAAUCGCCUUCACAAGCGCAUUGGCGCUGUGUGGCGGCGCGGGGAUGAUUGAGGAGGCGGCACGGGUAUUCCAAUCCAUGGCGGCGGAUCAUGGCGUGAGACCAUCGAGGGAGCACUACAGCGCGAUGGUAGACGCUCUUGCGAGGGCUGGGCAUUUGGAGGAGGCCGAGGAGCUCCUGGCUUCAAUGCCAUUUCCAGUGAAUCCAGUGACCACUACUUCGAUUCUAAGCGCUUGUAACUGGCACAGGGAUUGGACAAGGGGGGAGCGAGCGGCUCGUGGGCUGCUAGAGAUCGACUCUAGCCACAGCGGCCAUUACAUUUCCCUGGCGAGACUAGUACUUUGA